ACGGACGGACAGACAGACAGAUAGAUAGAUAGAUAGAUGUUUGUUUUCUACGUUUGUUCUUUGAUUCAUCAAAUCUUCUGCUCUCUAAACACUAGCUCUUCUAGAAGGGCGGACAUCAAACCAUAACAGAGCUGGUUAUCUCCGCCUUAACGGAGAGCUUUUCCAUAGAAGGAGACUUCAUGCGUGCAGCCCAUCCAAACAGAGCGAAGACAGCACUGCCUCACUGCCUCCUUGACAGCAGUUUAAUCUUACCCUCACAGACUGCACGCACCUCACAAAUCUGUAGAGAGAACAAUUUGCUGUCAUUAAAAAUGUCGCUAUUCGAGACUUUUUGAGGAUUUAAAUGACUUGCGAGAAACAGCAAAGGCAAUUGAUAAUUGAUUCUCUGCUCUUUUGACCGCUUUAUCCGGUUCACGUUCAUUCCGACAGAAGGUGACAGCGAGUCUAUUCUACUGAUGCAGUAAAACACGCGAGUUUUCUUCUUUAUGCAGAUCGUUUAAGGCGCCAUCAGACUUUGGAAACAGAAGAGGGUGGAGAAGAAACACUUCCAUACACGGUGAUAAAGGUGGAGGUUGUCAGCUGGUUGUAAUUGAUCUCCACUCAUGAAGGGCAUGGAGAUGUUGCGCCGCUCCUCAGUGUUUGCGGCUGAAGUCAUGGAGGCGUUUGAUCGCUCUCCCACGGAUAAGGAGCUCGUGUCUCAGUCUAAAGUCUUAUGUAGGGAUUACAUUCACUCCAGACUUCAUCGGGCUGGAAUCGGAUGGUCGAAACCAGAGCACGGAUCUGGAGGAACACUGGCUGAGGUGUCUUCAGUUCUUCUGUGGUUGGGUGACGAGCUGGAGUACCUGCGACCCAAUGUGUACCGCAACGUAGCAAGACAGCUCAACAUCACAAUUGCCUCUGAGACUAUAGUCUCUGAUGCCUUUUUGGCCGUCGCUGCAGAAAUCUUCUCUACAGGUGUAACAUGGGGGAAGAUUGUGUCUCUGUAUGCUGUGGCCGGAGCUCUAGCGGUGGACUGUGUUCGGCACGGCCAUCCAGCAAUGGUGCACACCAUUGUCGACUGCAUGGGCGAGUUUGUUCGCAAGAGCCUUGUGUCGUGGUUAAAGAGGAGAGGAGGCUGGGCGGACAUUACAAAGUGUGUAGUCAAUACAGAUCCCAGUUUUCGUUCUCAUUGGCUGGUGGCAGCUGCCUGUGCCUGUGGUCAUUACUUCAAGGCUGUGGUCUUCUACCUGCUGAGAGAAAAAUAAAGAGCAGCGCAAACAAGUGACGAACAGCUGGACUCUCCCCAAAACUGGCAGAAGGGGUUUCUAGUCAAUGCUUAAGUCUUUCACUGCUCUUGAUGUGUUUACACUUGCACAAAGUUUGCACUUUUCCUUUAAAGGAUAUUCUUGCGCUCCAAGAUGAACCGAUAUAUUUAAGGCUCUGUUAUGUGUUUAACCUGGCCUCUUGCACUCUAGGCAUUUCUUGCUGUUACCAAUUUUAUUGAACCUAAUGCUGAGACACAGCAGACACAGCUGAGAGGACACUAUCGUGACCUUUGUAUUUGCGUCUGAAAUACAGUGUUCAUGUACAUGGACAAUGCUGUCUAGAACAACAUUGUGUUGUCUGUUUCUCUGAUUAUUAUUAGAUUUUCACUUUCUCAAGUGGUUUUGAUGGUCUCAAAAUGCAGGUUUUUAAAAAUCAAGAUUCGAAAAUCCAACUGAGAUCCACAAUGCAGUGUGAAAAAUGGCCAGGAGUAUAUCUGUGUGAAAUGGAGAUCAAUAUCAGGAUUAUAUUCUUGUAUUUCCCAAGGAAAAACUCCAAACUACUGUAUGCAAAUGACUGUGGGAGAGAGCAAACCAAGUAGAUUUUGGUUGACUAAUAAUGAAAAAUAGAUAUAACAUUUCAGUUCAUGCCAUACUUCAAGUCUGAACCUGCCUAUUAGUUUUUCAUAGUGUUAUCUCUCUAGUCUUUGUAAUUUAAUUUUCGUGUAAUAUUUUCCCCAAAUCUUAUAUUUGGUGUUGUUGGUGCCACCUUGAAAAAUUGUAAGAUAUCAUGGAGCAUCACUAUAAUAACUUAAAACUUGAUUAUGUAUAAUUGCUUGUUUCAUUAUUUUGUUCUCUUGUAUGGUUUAGUUUAUGAAAAUAAUUCUGUGGAAAACUACACAUCGUUGUCGUGUAUGCUACACUGAAUGUAGGC